CGGCGGUCGGGGGGGAGCGGAGGCGCUGUCCGGUAUUGAGGGUGAUCUAUCUCUUGCAUCAUGCGUGAAUACAAGCUAGUGGUUCUUGGUUCUGGGGGUGUUGGAAAGUCUGCUCUGACUGUACAGUUUGUUCAAGGAAUAUUUGUUGAAAAAUACGAUCCUACGAUAGAAGACUCCUACAGAAAGCAAGUUGAAGUAGAUGCACAACAGUGUAUGCUUGAAAUCUUAGAUACUGCAGGAACGGAACAGUUUACAGCAAUGAGAGACCUAUACAUGAAAAAUGGACAAGGUUUUGCAUUAGUAUAUUCCAUCACAGCGCAGUCCACAUUUAAUGAUUUACAGGAUCUAAGAGAACAGAUUCUUCGAGUCAAAGACACUGAUGAUGUCCCUAUGAUUCUGGUUGGCAAUAAGUGUGACUUGGAAGAUGAAAGAGUUGUGGGAAAGGAACAAGGUCAGAACCUCGCAAGGCAAUGGAAUAACUGUGCAUUCUUAGAGUCGUCUGCAAAAUCAAAGAUAAAUGUUAAUGAGAUCUUUUACGACCUUGUGCGGCAAAUUAACAGAAAAACUCCAGUGCCUGGAAAAGCACGCAAAAAGUCAUCAUGUCAGCUACUUUAAUACAUAGCUGUACUGUAGCUCUGAGCCAGGUCUGAAGAACUGUUGCCCAAUUCAACAGUGCCAGCAUUCCAACUUUAUUAAACCUACCAACAUCUUAAAUGGACUUUCCUGUGGUGGUACCCUUUAAGAAAUGGAUGAAAGCUACUACAUCAGUUUGCACAUUCUAAUCACUUUCCAGUGUCACGAGAGAUUUUUACUUAUAAAUAUUCUAAGUGUAUGCAACUGGUAAAACCAGAGCCUACAUCCAGUAUUACUGAUAAGAGACAUUGUUCAUCCACCAAUGUUGUACAUGUAUGAAAACUGUGUACUGUAUACUUCAACAAUCCCCACUUUCUAUUGGAGAGUACAAUAAUGUAAAUCCUAAAAGCACCACUAUUUUAGCAUAAUAAAAGAAAGUCCAAAGAGCUCCUAUAUAGACUACUCCAGAUAACUUUGCUUCAUCGGUAUUUGUAGCUUAUUGUAACUUUUUUAAAGAAAUACAGGAUCAUCAUCAUCGUAUUGUACAAAAGCGCUUUGAUUAACACAACAGCUAUAUAGUUUUUUAAUUUUAGGAAAAACCUGUGGAGACAGUGAUCUAGUCUUUAAGAGUCCUUUCAGUAUAAUGUCUGACUAAAGACAUGGCCUUUAAUAUCUGUUGGGAAGGAAAUGUCCAGACUUUUCAACCUUUUAUUGUAUGUUUCCUUUUCCUUGUUUACAUAGGGAACAAUGUUUAUAGUUGUGUGUACAGUGGGGGUCUACAACAAGAAGUGUAUAUUUUAAAACAAUUUUUUAAUGAUUUAACAAUUUUUUGUAAAUCAUUUUCGGGCUUCUGCAGCUGUAGAUUCUCACUGUGAAUUCCCUUGCUUGCUCAUGCAUAAGUGUAUUUGCAAUACCAAAUAUACAGGUUUAGUACUUUUGCCUGUUAGUGAUUGUUUUACAUGUGUAACGUUUUGGUUGAGAUGUUAAAUGGUGGAAGAGUACUGUGGAUGUGAAUGUGGGAAGUAAUUUUAAUCAUGUGUAAUUGGUCACAGGGCCUAAGUUGCAGUAAUUAACUUUUGCUGAUUUAUUUAACAAUGCCUUGUUGCUUUGUAUGCAUUAACGUUUGGGUGUAAAGAUUGUGUGUAUAUCCAACAGGGAGCCACAGUAUUUAAAUUGACCAACCUAAUGUUACAACUGCUUUGAGGUGGCCAAAUGUAAACUAAAAGCCUUAAUUAAAGUGGUGCAAUUUUGUAUGAAUUAGCAUCAGUAGUUCAAUAAAUUUGGAUUGCCAUGCAAGGGCUUGCAUUACA